UGGAGCAAAGCUGCUCCUCGGUGCGGAGGUCUCCCAGCUACCAGCAGACACCUCUCAUGAUGGAGCGGCCAGCCGGAUUCAAACCCGUGGCCUCCGCCCCUGAGAUGCAGCGAUCGGCUGAUCUGAGAUCAGUGCCGGAGAUGGAGAGAGUGGCGCGGCUGAGGAAAGUGUCCUCGCUGUCCGAGGUGGGCACCAGAACGGCUGAUCCCAGGUCAGCGGCCGCGAGGCCUCCCGGGAGCUCCACGGAAGAGGACAGCAGCGGCCCGGACGAUUCCUCCUCAGUGAAGUCCUCCUGGAGCCUGGCGGACACCAUGACGUACGUGGGCCAGCUGGCAGGCCAGGUCCUGGGCACGGUGAAGCAGCUGUAUAAGGGCAUUAACCAGGCCACGCUGUCGGGCUGCAUCGACGUGGUGGUGGUGCGGCAGCCCGACGGCACCUUCCACUGCUCCCCGUUCCACGUGCGCUUCGGCAAGCUGGGCAUCCUGCGCUCCCGAGAGAAAGUGGUGGAUAUCGAGGUGAACGGGGUUCCGGUGGACCUGCACAUGAAGCUGGGGGCCAAUGGGGAGGCCUUCUUCGUGGAGGAGACCGAGCAGGAGAAUAUUUUCCCAGCGUACCUGGCAACCUCUCCCAUCCCCUCCGAGGACCAGCUGUCCUGGAUCCAGGACUGGAAACGGGCGGUGUCCGGAGCCGAGAGCCAGAACCAGGACCAGAGCCCGGCCCGGAUGGGCGAGGGAGCGGAACCGGACCGCCCCUCCAGUGCCGAGGACGUGGACGUGGGGAGGAAGAGGAGGACGAGGAGGAAGAGGAGGCGCAGGGUGGGCGGAGACGACCAUGAGGCCCCGCCUACUGACGAGGAGGAGGAGGAGGAGGAGGAGGAAGAGGAGGUGCCCCGUGUGCAGGGGGAGGAGAUGUUUGAAAUGGAUAUGAGCUCGGACAACGAGGAGGAGGAGGAGGAACUCAGCAGCAGGGAAGAAGCAUCACUCCCGAUGAUGCUGGACACAGAGUGCAGAUGCUCCCUCCCUUUUCCUGAUUGGGUCUCUGACAGGCCGACACACUCUCUAAAUGAUGAUGUGGAGUUGGAGGCGGAGCCUGAUGAGAGCUCAUUGUGGGCGGAGUCUUAUCUGCAGUGGACAUGGGACGAGCUCCCAGAAGGCACCACUGCUGUGGAGCAGUCAGGGCCGCUGGAUGCGGUGACCCUGCUGCCCUCUGAGGACAGGCACUUCCAGGUCAUCCUCAGCUCCGACGCCAUGGAAACGGGGUCAGCCCCUCCCUGCGCCAUCGUGAAGCCCAAAGCACAGGUCCCCCGGGUCCCGCGCCCCCCCCCAGCCCCCAGCGUGCCCCCCCCAGCCCCGCCCAUCCCAGCCCUGUCCCCCGCCCCGGGUCAGGCAGAACCAGAGCCUCAGACCCCUCCCUCCUGCACGGAGAGCACAGCGACGGGCUCUGUGGGGGUCGUGACCCCGAUGCUGAAGCCCUGGCUGGAGUCGGCGCGCUGGAACAGCUCCCCUCAGUCUGUGGGCAGCGCUGACAGCGGGGCGGAGUGUGACCUCCCCGACGUCACCCUGUCCCUGUGCGGGGGUCUCACCGAGAACACACACCUGUCCACAGAAAGAUUCAUGAAGCACCUCAUCACGUAUCAGGAAUUUGCUAAAAACCCGGCUCUCAUUGACAACCCAGAUUUAGUGGUGAGGAUCGCUGACAGGUACUACAGCUGGGCCUUAGCCGCCCCUCUGAUUCUGAGUCUUGGGGUCUUCCAGCAGACCUUGCCUGAGAAAACCGAGGAGGCCUGGGUCAAAGAGAAGACCUCAAAGAAGUCCAGUGGCUGGUGGUUCUGGCGCAAAAGUGUGUCAGAGGACCAAUCAAAGCUGCCAGAGCCACAGGCUGGACCCGCCCACUCGCAGAAAAGCCCCGCCCUGCAGAUAAAGAUGGGGGCGGAGACGUCCAGCGAUGAGGACUCUGAGAGGGGGGGCGCGGCCGCCGGGUCUGAGCACGUGCAGACGGAGGCCGCUGGCCACGCCCACGCGUACAAGAAGUCACUGCGUCUCUCGUCGGACCAGAUCGCCAGGCUGAACCUGCGGGAGGGGCCGAACAGCGUCACCUACAGCAUCACGUCGCAGUACCAGGGCACCUGUCGCAGCGCGGGCACCAUUUACCUGUGGAACUGGGACGACAAGGUCAUCAUCUCCGACAUCGAUGGGACCAUCACCAGGUCAGACGUCUUUGGGCAGAUCCUUCCUCAGCUUGGCAAAGACUGGACCCACAAGGGCAUCGCCCAGCUAUACCACUCCAUAGAGCAGAACAGGUACAGGUUCCUGUACUGCUCGGCUCGGGCCAUUGGGAUGGCGGACAUGACGCGGCGGUACCUGCACUGGGUGAAGGACGGCGAGGCCAUCUUACCCCGGGGCCCCCUCAUCCUGUCUCCCAGCAGCCUCUUCUCCGCCUUCCACAGGGAGGUGAUCGAGAAGAAGCCCGAGAUCUUCAAGAUCGAGUGUCUGACCGACAUCAAGAACCUCUUCCUGCCGAGCACGCAGCCCUUCUACGCGGCGUUCGGGAACCGACGCAACGACGCCUUCGCCUACAGGCAGGUGGGAGUGCCCGUUUGCCGGAUCUUCACCGUCAACCCCAAGGGAGAACUCACACAGGAGCAGAGCCGGGGAAACAAGUCAUCGUACAGUCGGCUGAGUGAACUCGUGGAGCAUGUGUUCCCCUUGGCCACGAAGGAGAAGACCUCCGCCCUAACCUUCCCAGAAUUCAGCUCUUUCUGCUUCUGGAGGCAGCCAAUCCCUGAGCCCUGCCACGAGGACCUACUGUGAGAGGCUACGCCCCUUUGUUUCACGAGCCGACCAAUCCCUGAGCUUGACCCAAACCAUCGACUCCAAGGAACCAGGGUUGUGUCUGAAUCAGCACACCUGCCUACACUCUCAGAAAGGUACGAAAAGUGCCUAAAAAUGUAUAAAUGCUUGCCCCUGGGGUAGUACCCAAUAGGUACAUACGUAGUUGUAGCCCUAGCCAGGAGUACAUCAUUAUUUUGUACCUUUUUUGCUUGGAAAACACGCUUAUUUGUACCCAAAGAGAACAUUACUAUACUUCCAGGGUACAUUUUAGGCAUUUGAUCCUUGAUAAACAAAUAAUGUACCUCCAUUUUAUUUCUGAGAGUGUGCUGUUGAGUGUGCUGUUGAGUGUGCUGUUGAGUGUAUGACUCAUAUACUCGGGAGGUAAAGUGUGCUCUUUCAGACAUGACCCAAUCCCUGAUGUUCCUCGUUACUCAUUGAACACAGAUCAGUUUUAUCAGGCCAACCACACGCAUAUACCAGCAAACACUAUGCUGUUACUCGCUGCUCAGUGUUAAGGUUAGGGUUACAGUCAGUGUAAUGUUAGGAGAACGGCUAGUUAAUGACACAACUUGAUUACAUUAACCAGCUUCAUCCCAAAUGGAAUAUCAUCUGUAAUAUUCUGUAUUUUAUCAUGUAAUAUAUGUAAUUAUGUUAAUAACGACGGCCUGGUUUGGCAGUGCUGUUGGGUAUCAUUCUUGGUACGGUAUGCAUGAGAUUAUAUUUUUUACACUGCGGUUUAGCGAACGUUUUUAACUUAAGUGUGAUUUUCUGUCUUGUGUUUCGUGUGUACUUCCUGUAACAU